CGCCUUCGGCCAAGUGCCCGUUUACCCCACGGAGGCGGUCCUCGUCUCUCCGCGUGAGAUCGCGUGUCUUGAGCCCGGGGAAAGUCGCAAGCCAAGCAGCAUGCUGAAGGUACCGUGGCCGCGUAUAAUAAGAUCCCCCUGCCGCGCCUUGCAACGACGCGUGCGCCGUGUACAUAGCUUGAUUCAGCCCUUUUCGAAACAAUAUGGCUCUCCCACCUAAGUGGUAUCAGUUUCUCGUCUGCGUCUUCGCGUCGCUGGGAUCCGUCCUGUACGGAUAUGAUCUCGGUGUUAUCGCAGAGGUCAUUGCCAGCGGAUCUUUUAAAGCCAUGUUCAAGGCAGACGACAAUGAAACCGGCGCUGUUGUCUCAGUCUUCACUGGCGGUGCCUUUUUCGGUGCCAUGUUCGCAGGUCCAGCUGGUGACCGCCUCGGCCGUAAAUGGACCAUUUUCAUCGGAGCCAUAAUCUUCUUGCUGGGCGGCGGCCUUCAGACUGGCGCACAGACAAUCGACUACCUCUAUGCCGGACGUUGUUUGGCUGGCGUCGGCGUCGGCUUCCUCGUCAUGAUCGUCCCGUUGUACCAAGCUGAGCUGGCGCAUCCCAGCAUCCGCGGUGCCGUGACUUCGCUGCAACAGUUUAUGCUGGGCAUUGGGUCUCUGGCGGCCGCCUGGAUCUCGUACGGCACGUACAUCGGGUUCUCUGACUCUGAUAACCGCCAAUGGCGUGUCUCUUUGGGUAUCCAGAUGGUCCCAGCAGGCCUCCUCGCCCUCCUCAUCCUCCUCUUCCCUGAGUCUCCUCGUUGGCUCAUCGAUCACGGCCAUGCAGAAAAGGGCCUCCAGACGCUAGCGAAGCUGCAUGCGCACGGCAAUGUCAAUGACGCGUGGGUGCGGGCCGAGUACGAACAGAUCCAGGAGGCCAUCACCGUCGAGCACGAGCACGAAGCCAAGUCGUACAUGGAGCUAUUCACCAACAAGUCGUGCUUCCGUAGGCUCUUUCUCGCGAUUUCGUUGCAGGCUUCGGUCCAGAUGACGGGCGUGUCAGCAAUCCAAUACUACUCGGUGGAUAUUUACAAGCAGAUUGGUAUUGCAAACGAUGACACGUUGAAGUACCAGGCCAUCAACAGCGUCAUCGCCCUCGUUGCUCAAUUCUUCACCAUCAUACUUAUUGACCGCACCGGAAGACGUUGGCCACUCAUUUUCGGAAAUCUGGGCAACUGUGUGACUUUUAUCAUUGCCACCAUAUUGCUGGCCCUCUUCCCGCCCGGUUCAUCCGGUAACGACUCCGCCCACUGGGGCUUCAUCGUCAUGACCUGGCUGUACAAUUUCAGUUUCAGCUGUACGUGUGGUCCACUGUCUUGGAUCAUCCCGGCAGAGAUAUUCGACACCAGAACUCGCUCCAAAGGUGUCUCGAUAGCCACAAUGACGAGCUUCGCAUUCAACACUAUGAUCGCCCAAGUUACACCAAUCGCGCUGAACGACAUUGGCUACAAGUAUUAUAUCCUGUUCGUCGUGUGCAACUUCACCAACGCUCUCUACUUCUGGUGCAUCUUGCCCGAGACUAAGCAACGCCCUCUCGAGGAAAUGAACUUCCUCUUCACCAAUGCACCGCUUUUCGUGCCCACAAUGGACCGGUCGGUCAUCGAGACGCACGACCUGGCGCGCAGGGUCGAGAAGGUAGAAAAGGUUGGCGUUACGCAUUUGCACGACGAGAAGGUCUGA